CGUACCAAAUGCUUGCCGACACAAAUCCAUAAUUGUCGCCCAUUGUAAAAAUGUCAUCUCCAAACGAGAGCAGCCCAGAAAAUUUGCGAAAUAUAGACAAUGGAAGUGAAAGAACAGUGGAGAGUGCUAAAAAUAAAAUAUCGAGUGAUAAAAAUAAAAAUGAUUCCGCGAAUACCAUGAUAAUAAAAGUUAAAAGUGCUAUUCCUCGACGUAGACAGGAUCUGCUGAAGUGGUACGGAUGGGGCUACAAGGACACCAUGUUCAAAUUCAGCAGUGAGAGUGCCGCCUUCACCGGGAACAGAUACUCAAUAGCAGGGAAAUGCUUACCCCACCUACCGCAGUGGGCCAUAGACAACUUUGGCAUAGAUCCAGAUUCACCGCCCAAAAUUCCGGAAGCGCCAAGUAGUUUUGCAGAAAGUCGCCUGCCGGAAAACGUUAAGGAUGAAUUGGAGAUGAUCGCCGCAGUAAGCGUGGACGGCAUGGAUAGACUGAUCAGAGCACACGGGCAGACCUUAAAGGACAUAGCGAACGUCAGAAAUAACAGCUUUCGGAGAAUACCUGACGCUGUCAUAUGGCCAGAUUGUCAUGAGCAGGUAGAAAAGAUAGUCCAAUGUGCGUCGCGGCACAACUUCGUGAUCAUUCCUUUCGGUGGGGGCACGUCGGUGUCCGGCGCGGUCACUUGCCCCGAGAACGAACCCAGGCCAAUAGUCGCCCUGGACACGAGCGAAAUGAAUUCAAUACUGUGGUUGGACAAGGAGCAGCUGCUGGCGAGAGUGCAAGCAGGAAUAGUCGGUCAAGACUUAGAGCGGGAGAUGCGGUCCCGUGGCUUCACCGUCGGCCACGAGCCAGACUCGUACGAGUUCUCCACCCUCGGGGGGUGGGUUGCGACAAGAGCCAGCGGCAUGAAGAAGAACACAUAUGGGAAUAUAGAAGAUUUAGUUGUGCAGACGAAGGUGGUGACGCCGAAAGGAGUGCUCGAGAAGAGCUGCCGCGUGCCGAGGGUGUCGUGCGGUCCGGAAUGGGAGCACGUCGUGAUGGGCUCCGAAGGAUGCUUCGGUGUCGUCACAGAGGUCGUCAUCAAAAUCCGUCCAGUGCCGGCCGUGACUCGCUACGGAUCCCUCGUGUUCCCCGACUGGGAGUCCGGGUUCUGGUUCGAAAGGGAAGUCGCCAGGAAGAGGCUUCAACCUUCUAGUAUCAGACUAAUGGACAACGAACAGUUUCGUUUCGGGCAAGCACUGAAAUUGGAGAACUCGUGGGGCGGAGUCCUGUUGGACGGGCUGAAGCGACUGUACAUCACUAGGAUCAAAGGGUUCGAUCCUCUGAAGCUGUGCGUGGUCACGCUGCUCAUGGAGGGCACCGAGGAGAAAGUCAGAGAACAAGAGCGAGCGCUCAACGGCAUCGCGGCCCGGCACGGCGGGGUGCCGGCCGGCGCGGGGAACGGCGAGACCGGAUACACGCUCACCUUCGUCAUAGCCUACCUCAGGGACGUGGCGAUAGAGUUCGACAUAGUGGCGGAAUCGUUCGAGACGUCGGUGCCCUGGGACCGCACCCUGGCUCUCUGCAGGAACGUGAAGACUCGCGUCCGGGACGAGUGUCUCGCCAGAAGUAUCACCCGGUUCCUGAUCUCGUGCCGCCUCACUCAAACUUACGACGCCGGCUGCUGUAUUUAUUUUUAUUUUGGAUUUUACUCGGGUGACUGUGAAAACCCUGUCGAAACGUACGAGCAAAUCGAGGAAGCAGCCAGAGAUGAAAUAUUAGCUUGCGGUGGGUCGAUAUCGCACCAUCAUGGCGUCGGAAAAUUAAGAAAGAAAUGGUACGCCGAGACUGUGAGCGAACCCGGCCGCCAAUUACUACUGGCAGCUAAGAACGCCUUAGAUCCGCAGAACAUAUUUGCAGUCGGCAAUAUGGCCUUUGACGAGCACAACACCGAACAUAGCGUCAAAAGUAAACUAUGAACUGUUUGUGAUGUGGAAGGCGAUUUUAAUUACUGCAGAAGUUAUUCAACUUCGUUAUUAAGGGUUUAUGGUUGGUUGUCCGGAAUAUUGUAAGCGACGAGUCGGUGAAGGCUCGGUAUGACGACUUAAACUGACGAGUCUUGGGCGUAUAGAAUGUAUUAACAGAAAAUAAUCGUUGAGGAAGUGGGAGUGUUUUUAAUAAUUUUAAGAAAUCCAUUAUUUUGCAUAUUCAUAAAUAGAGAAUAGAACAGUAACAAUAAAGUCUUCUCAUUGUAUGUAAAAGUUGAAGUUAAAAUUUUUUGCGCCUGUAUCAUGUUCGAUGUGACCCGAUUCAAAUUAAUUAAAAUCAAAAUAUUAUUUAUUUCAUAAGCACUGUUCAUUUUCAUUAUGUUUGAACUCUUAGUAAUGGGUAGUUAGAAAAUUCGAUUCUUAUACAAGAUUACAUUAAUUAUAAGCUUGCAUAAAUUGAAAUGGAUAGUAACGUAAAAAAACACAUAAAUACAGCACGAAUAGCUACAGUAGCUAAAUGCCAAAUCGUGCCUUCUAUAGGGUCGUUUUAGCAGUUUUGAUAAAAAUUGCUAACUUACUAAAAAUUAUACAAAUUUAUAUGUUGCACAUACUACUAUGUCUAAUAGGAAAUAUAAAGCUCUAAUUCAAUAUAUGGAAUCAAGACCAAAGAUGUAAAUUAUUAUUGUAAUAUUUGUUCAAGUUUAAGAAAAUUUAACUUAAAAAAAUACCCAUACUUACCACUAUUUUUAUUAUUACAAAUUUUAGCGCAUCAUUAAUUAAUUUACAGCACAUUUAUGAAAGCAAUGCCAUUUAAUGUAAUGUACUUUAACAUUCCCGAUAAUCAGUUAUCGUUUUUUAUAUUAUUAAUUAAAACUGUAUUGUUCUAGAAAUGUGUGCGUUUGUGGUGUAGUCCAA